UGUCGGCAGCAGCCGCGGACCCCGUGGCGGAGGAACGCGCUCCACACGUGGACAGUGUCGCCGGCACGUAAUUCACUCCGAGCCGUCACCCGGUGGGGUGUGACGUCACCCGGUCACGUGCCCCGGACGGUGACGUCACUGUGUCGCGUUUAAAGGCGGCGUGUGCCCGAUUUGGCGCCAUUGAGCGCAGUGGAGAUGGCGGCGGGACGCGCGCUGGUAGCGAUGGUUCCCGCGGUGCUGGCCGGGGUCCUGCUCUCAACUCUGGGGAGCGUCUCGUCGACAAUCAUCGUCCCGGCCCAGUUCGUCACUUUGAAUGAAACGAGCGGCCUGCACCCGUGCCGGAGGGAAUGUAGUCAGUUCGAGAAGCCGAAAACCUGCUACUACCACUUCCGAAUGGAGUACUACUACACCCUCUCAAUGGCGUGUUACGGUUGCCCCAGUAGCCGGACUGUUGUUUUAUUUCAGGCGUGUUACGGUUGCCCCGGUAACCGGACCGACUGUUUCCGGCCCCACUGUGUCGCCGGAGACGGGAUGAGGCGGGGUCUGGUGACCGUCAAUCGACAGAUGCCCGGGCCACCUGUCGAGGUGUGCGAGGGUGACACGAUCGUGGUCGACCUGGAGAACCACCUGGGCAGCGAGACGUCCAGCAUCCACUGGCACGGCAUGCACCAGGAGGGCACUCAGCACAUGGACGGGGUGCCGCACGUGACGCAGUGCCCCCAGCUGCCCGGCACCGUGUUCCGCUACACCUUCCGGGCAGACAACCCCGGCACUCACUUCUGGCACUCACACUCCGGUUUUCAGCGUUCAGACGGCGCUUACGGCGCGCUCACCAUCCGGCAGCCGAAGGAGUUGGACGUCCACGGUGCCCUCUUCGACACGGACCUCUCCGAGCACCUCAUCCUGCUCACCGACUGGAUCAAGGAGAUGGCCGUCGAGAGGUUUGUCUCGCACCACCACUCGCUGGGUACCAACAAACCGGAGACGAUUCUCAUCAAUGGCCGGGGCAGGCCGGUGGGGCACCACCGCAACAGCUCCCACACGCCGCUAGCCGAGUUCGUCGUCAAACAGGGCCUUCGGCAUCGUCUGCGUCUCAUCAGUAACGGCGUGAUGAACUGCCCUCUGUCGGUAUCAGUGGACAACCACACCCUCACGGUGAUCGCGUCUGACGGCUACAACGUGCAGCCCGAGCUGGCCGACUCGGUGGUGGUGUACGCCGGGGAGCGUUAUGACGUCAUCCUGACGGCCGACCAGCCGCCCGGAGUGUACUGGAUGAAGGUGCAGGGUCUGAUGGACUGCGACGAGCGGUACACCCUGGCACACCAGGUGGCAGUGGUGCGGUACGAGGGCGCCGAGCAGUCGGUACCCGAGCAGGACAUCAGCUACUGGACCACCAAACGAGACGGCAGGCAAGUAUCGCCAUUUAACGACGUGGAACACACGGCUCUAAAGCUGCCCGUCUCACAGCUGAAGUCGCUGCACGACGACGACGUGACGUCCGCCGAGCACGCCGACGUCAAGUUCUACCUGGACUACGACUUCAACCAGGUGGACAACAAGCACUUCCACCACCGGCAGCACUACUCCGUCUUCAGCGUGCCGCACCACCUGCAGAUGCUGACGCCUCAGUUCAACAACAUAUCGAUGCAGCUGCCGAUGGCGCCACCUUUAUCGCAGCCGGACGACCUCAGCGCCACCUGUAACGCCAGCUCGGCCGGCGACUGUCAGCACGACUACUGCGAGUGCACGCACGUCCUCCACGUGCCGCUCGGGGCUGUGGUCGAGCUGUUCUUCAUUGAUCGCGGUUUCACGUACGACGCCAACCACCCGUUGCACCUCCACGGCUACGCGUUCCGUGUGGUGGCGAUGGAGCGGUUCGGCUCGCACGUGACCCGGCAGGAGGUCAUUGACCGCGACCGGGCCGGUCUGAUCCCGCGCCGGCUGCACCGAGCGCCGCUCAAAGACACCGUCACCGUACCCGACGGCGGCUACACGGCCGUCCGGUUCCACGCCAAAAACCCAGGCUGGUGGCUGUUCCACUGUCACAUGAACUUCCACGCUGAGGUCGGCAUGGCACUCAUCUUCCACGUCGGAGAGAAAGAACACCUCCCGAAAACGCCCGAGGGCUUCCCGACGUGUGGCGGCUUCAUGCCGCACUUCAAGUAUCUAUCGCAGCCGGAAGAUGGCAGCACUCCGCGACCGAGGGCGGCCGGUGCUGCGGUGCUUCCUUCGGCGCUUCUAUUGUGGAUACUGUUCUUGACAUCGCGAUUGUAACCCAUCGGGCUGUUACCUGCGUAUUUGUUUGUACAAUGUGUUGAUAAGUGCGAAAAGUUGCGAUAACGUUUUACCAGAGUGUCCCAGUGAGUUGUGUCGUAGGUAAGUGAAUUGCCUGGAACGUGUAAUUAAGCAAUUUGUAGGUGAAUGAAUCUCAAAGAUGCAUGUAUAGAGCAUCAAAUUUGAGUGGACUAUAAAAUCACCGUUCCGUGCUUCUAUCCUCAGGAUACUGAAAUCCUUCUCCCCAACGCCGCAACCCCCCUCCGGGCUGGACAGGCAACUUUAUCUCAUGCGGGCUGCUCCCUUGGAGCGGCACCGCUGCUCCCGAGGGAGCUGCACCCCGUAGCCGGGUGCAGAGAGUGCUUGGGGGGCUGGUCGGCCUGUCCAUUUGGACGGGCUCAGCCCCGGCGACUCUCUAGGGUGCCUGCCCAGACCAAUGUCUCCCCCUAAUUCCUAUCAUCCUUCCGGCUCUGAAAUGGUCUCGUCAGACCGAAAGGGCCUAACCCAACAAAACAAAAACAAAAACGGACUGUAAGAUAGACAUAUGGCUUUGAAUGCAUUCACAGUUCCCUCUUUUUCGUCCUCAGUACAAUCGAUUCCUUUUCCUCCGCGCCUCAAACCCCUGUUCCGAGAUUGGGAUGGACGGUCACUGACUCGCCUUUAUCCGACGUGAGUUGUUUCGUGCGGUGAUAUUACCGUUAGCGGAGCUGGUUGGCCUGUCCACGUGCUGGGUUCAGCCAGGGCCCUGUUUCACAGGUACGCCGCUACAGUGCUCUACGCGUAGCGGUGUAUUGGUGCGGAAUUAGCAUCGACCCUUCAGGGUUGCGAACGUCCGAGUUUGUUGAUGUUUCCAUGGAAACCCCGGUGGAGCACCAGGGUGCCCGCCCAGACCAAUUUCUCUCCCUAAAUCCUAUCACCCUUCACUGAAAACAA